AUGUGCUCCUUGGGGCGUACCCCGCACCUCCUGCUGCCUGCCUUGUUGCCCCUUUUCCCAACGUGCCCCUCACCAGCCAUGCUGGCCCUCAAGUCAUCGCUCGGCGUCACUUACACCACCUGGGCGGCCACUACGCCGUGCCAGCUUGCGGGGUCGACCACCACGGCGACAGUGUGGAACGGCGUGCUCUGUGACACGUUUGGCAGUGUCGUGAGCAUCCGCCUGCACUACAACUACUUGUAUGGAGACAUCCCCUCGUUCCUCGUGGGCCUCCCAAAACUGUCUCAGUUCGGCGCCGUCGCCAACUACUUCACGGGCUCCGUGCCCGCGCUCGCCACCGGGUUGCGCAGCAUCGACCUGCGAUUCAACUUCAUCACGGACGUGCCGGCAGUCACCUACACGUACUGCGGCGGAAACAACAACUGCCUGCUCACGCCCUCCAAGUGCUCCAGCGCCGGCUCCGUUCAGAUGGCUGCUGCCGAUUGUGCCUUCUGCGGCACCACCAAUGGCGUGGCGCCCUUCUGCCCUACCACGGGGGGGGUGUGCACAGUUGACGCGGCUACAAACGUGGCUGCCGGCACUCUGAACUCGUUCUCACAGCCCGUGAUCGCUAGGACGUGCGUGGGUGGGUUUAUCUACGUGGAUGCAGCAGAUGGUGCGUAUCCCACGUACUUCAUCCCCUUCACCGUUCCCACUUCUCCCUGCUGGCUGCUCACAUGCAGCUCCGCUGUCGAUGCUAGUAGUAGUACCUCUCCCCCCCCCUGGCCCUCCCCUUACCUCGUCACCCGCUCGGUGGCCCUGCUGAGCAUCAAGGCGGCCAUGGGGCUCACAACAACCACAUGGGCCGCCACCACAUGGGCCGCCACCAAUGUGUCCUUCCCUCCUUGUUCGCUGUCUCGUCCGCCUCCGUUUCCCUCUGCCCUCCCCUUGGUGCCCAUCAGCCGCGGUCCUGCAAACCAUCAAGUCGGCCAUGGGGCUCACCUACACCACGUGGGCGUCCUCCAAUCCCUGCCGUUUGCUCGACGAUCCGGCCAAAACUGGCGAGUGGGAGCGCGUGAGCUGCACCUCUCAAGGCCGCAUCGCCACGAUGUGAGUGCAGGUGGCAAGGCAGGCAACCUGGACUCGGCGGCUCUCGUGCGCAAGAGCUUCCCCUCCGACAUCACCAAGCUCACAGCUAUCACCUAUUUGGGGAUGCCGUGGAACUUCCUCGACGGCAGCCUCGCAGACUACCUCAAAGACUUCUCUGCGCUCACCAACUUGAAGUCAUUGGCCAUGCAGUACAUGUUCUUCUCGGGGUCGUACCCAAGUGUGCUCACCACUCUUCCCCUCGGGACUCUGGCGUUGCGUUACAACUACCUGACGGGUACGCUGCCAGCAAGCAUCACCUCAAUCAAGUCGCUGGACAUCUCACAGAACUUCUUCGUGGGCUCGCUACCCACCGGCACCUGGUCCUUCUGCUCUGCUACCAAAAACUGCCUUGCAAGCGCCGGCAACUGCCAGAAUAACGGGCAAAGGAGCGCGUGCGGUAUCUGCGGCACCACUGAUGGCACGGGCACGCUGUGCGGAUUGGGGCAGACGUGCUUGCCGGACGCUGAUGCCAAGAUCGCGGCGAAGCAGAACAAUUACAUAUCUGAAGUGGCCCUGGUCCGCCGCCACGCUCGCUUUCUACCUCCCCUCUGCCCUCAAGUUCCCUAUGCGCUGCUACUGACCCGUCUUCAACUCCUCUCCACAUUCCCCUGUGCCAACCCCGCAAACCCCACAGCGGCUGCGAUGCAGAACAUCAAGACCGCGCUGGGUGUGACCUUGACCACGUGGACGGCCACUGCACCGUGCCGCUUGACCAAGGCCCCCGUGGCCAUUCCGGGCGAGUGGACUGGCGUCUUCUGCACGGAAGCCGGCAAGGUGUCCGAUAUCUCCCUGCAGAGCAACCUCCUCAACUACCGCCUCGAUUCCUUCACCACCAACCUUGGAGCCUUGCCGUUGAUGGCUGAUAUUGGUGUCGCCGCCAAUUACCUCAUGGGCUCCGUGCCCGCGCUUGCCACCGGGCUUCGCACAGUGGACCUGCGCUUCAACUUCCUCACGGACCUCCCAGCAGUGACCUACACAUGGUGCGGCGGCAACGGCAACUGUCUGCUCACGCCCUCAAAGUGCGCCUCAGACGGCUCCACUCAAAGGGCUGCGGCGGAUUGUGCCUUCUGCACCACCACCAACGGCGUGGGCCCCUUCUGCUGGGGGGCAGGAGGCGUGUGCACGGUGGACGCGGCUGCAGCUGUGGCUGCGGGGACUGUGAGCUCCAAGACGCAGGCCCCGCUGGGCAGGGCGUGCGUGGGCGGACCUAUGGCGGACAUGAAGGACAGCACAGGUGGGCAGUGGGCGGUGGGCAGCGCUGGGUGUGUGGCGGAAUCAUGCACGGGCAUGGGCUUAUGGGUAUGGGCACAUGGACAUGGGCACAUGGGCAUAUGGGCACAUGGACAUGGGCAUAUGGGCACAUGGACAUGGGCUUAUGGACAUGGGCUUACGGACAUGGGCUUAUGGACAUGGGCUUAUGGAGAUGGGCAUAUGGACAUGGGCACAUGGAGAUGGGCAUAUGGACAUGGGCACAUGGAGAUGGGCACAUGGAGAUGGGCAUAUGGACAUGGGCACAUGGACAUGAGCACAUGGAGAUGGGCACAUGGAGAUGGGCACAUGGAGAUGGGCACAUGGAGAUGUGCACAUGGACAUGGGCACAUGGACAUGGGCAAGUGGACAUGGGCAAUUGGACAUGGGCAAUUGGACAUAGGCACAUGGAUAUGGGCAUAUGGACAUGCCAUGCUCGGCCUCAAGGCGUCGCUCGGCGUCACUUUCACCACCUGGGCGGCCAGUGUGCCGUGCCAACUCAAGGGGCAGACCACCACGGUGACAGUCUGGAACGGCGUGCUCUGUGACAGCAAUGGCACUGUCUUUCUUUCCUCUUCGCAUGCCUCCACCGUCCUUCCACAUGCUGCCUCUCAUCUCAUUGCCUUCCACAUGCUGCCUCUCAUCUCAUUGCCUUCCACAUGCUGCCUCUCAUCUCAUUGCCUUCCACAUGCUGCCUCUCAUCUCAUUGCCUUCCACAUGCUGCCUCUCAUCUCAUUGCCUUCCACAUGCUGCCUCUCAUCUCAUUGCCUUCCACAUGCUGCCUCUCAUCUCAUUGCCUUCCACAUGCUGCCUCUCAUCUCAUUGCCUUCCACAUGCUGCCUCUCAUCUCAUUGCCUUCCACAUGCUGCCUCUCAUCUCAUCGCCUCCACUACUUUCCGCCCUCGUCGUCACUGCUCCUCUCGCAGCCGCCUGCACUACAACUACUUGUUCGGAGACAUCCCCUCGUUCCUCGUGGGCCUCCCAAAACUGACUGAAUUUGGCGCUGUCGCCAACUACUUCACGGGCUCCGUGCCGGCGGUCGCCACCGGGCUGCGCAGCAUCGAUCUGCGAUUCAACUUCAUCACGGACGUGCCAGCAGUCACCUACACGUACUGUGGCGGCAACAACAACUGCCUGCUCACUCCCUCCAAGUGCUCCAGCGCCGGCUCCGUUCAGAGGGCUGCUGCCGAUUGUGCCUUCUGCGGCACCACCAAUGGCGCGGGGCCCUUAUGCCCUACAACGGGAGGAGUGUGCACGGUUGACGCGGCUACAAACGUGGCUGCCGGCACUCUAAACUCGUUCUCACAGCCCGUGAUCGCUAGGACGUGCGUGGGCGGGUAUAUCUUCGUGGAUGCAGCAGAUGGUGCGUACCCCCCUUACUUCAUCACCUUCACCGUUCCCAUUUCUCCCCGCUGGUCGCUCACAUGCAGCUCCGUCGUCUUUGCUAGUAGUGUUACCUCUCCCCCCCCUGGCCCUCCCCUCCCCCCUUCCCCUGCUGUUCCCCUUCCACCCCUCCCUUUCCACCCCUCCCUCCAUCCCCUCCUGUUCCCACUCUACACUUCCCUACCUUUCAUCCCCCUCCCCUCCCCCUUCUGCCACGCCCAUCAGCAGCGGUUCUUCUGA